AUGUAAUUGCAUUCGGUUAUAUUUUAGUUUAAAAAACUUAGGCUCAUUCAGAAGAAGAUGGAAGAUGUCAAGGCUGAUCAAAGUCCAACUGUUAUAAAGUAUAUGAUGAGGAGAAAGAGUGCUGAAGAAGUCCAGGCUCCUUUGCAUGAUGUUGAAUACAACAAUUAACCAAAGAAGAAAAAGAUAUUAUUCUUCAAGUCCUUCUAGAAGGUGACAAUAGAUCCUCAUAUAAAACUGGAUGAGAUUAAGGAAGAGAAAUGGACAAUUAUGACUAAUAAUUAUAAAUCACUCAUAGAGAAAUCUCGUUAAAGUCUAAUAAAGCCUUAUGAUGGUGGUUAGAGUGUGACCUCUAAUAAAGAACCACGUAAAAUGCAGUUCCUCACUAGGAGACAGUCUAUCGAAUUUCGCUUACGUGAAAUAGGUACUGCUCCUAGUAAUCACUCUUCAGCCUCGCCUAUAAAAUUAAAUACUCAACCAAAUGCAUAAUAAUCGAUCGAUCCUAGUUAUGCUCGAUUCAAAAAGUUCUAUUAAAAGAUAGGCAUCCCAUCGGAUAGCCCAAUAAAAUUGAAACUUCAAACAGUGAUGUCUACUCCUAUUGCUCCUCCAAAGAAGAUGGACAAGAGUUAGCAUUCAGCCAAUUCCCCAAAUUAGUCUCCUUCUCCUCUCAAAUCUAAGAUUCUGCAUAUCAAAGCAAACAAUCACAUUUAAUACCUCAAAGAAAUCAGAGAAAUAUGUUAAAUUGCAUCUAAUUAUCAUGCAUAAGUUAAAUAGGAUGAAAAAAAUCAGAUUUAACAUGCAAGCUAAUAGGUUGGAUACAUAUAGGCAGAGUUCAAUAAGUUCCACAAUAUGUUAACAUCAGAUUUGGAAACUGUGGAUUUUAUUGAUGAAAAUAAAUGA